AUGUCUCCUUUUCAAGUGCUCAUGGGUUACCAACCCCGGCAUAAUAUUCCCACUGUGGGAACAACAGAUGCUCCAGACAUCGCUUCUAGACUCACUCAGUUAGCACACCUCCACACAGAAAUUCAAUCCAGCAUCCGACUAGUGGAGGAGACAGUCAAGAAACGAAAUAAGGACAAGUUUGUCAAAUACUUACCUGGUCAAAAGGUAUGGCUAGAAGCCACUAACCUCAAAGGCCUCCACCUAAAGGCCAAACUUGGACCCAAAUGCUAUGGACCCUUCACCAUCGAUCAGAAACUGUCACCGAUAGUUUACUGGUUGAAAUUACUGCCCAAGUGGAAGAUUCACCCCAUAUUCCAUGCAGGAUUACUCUAUCCUUAUUCGGAAACAAUGAUGCAUGGAAAAAACUAUCUCCGACCUCCACCAGAAUUAAUCAAGAACCAGGAGGAGUUUGAAAUUGAACGUAUCAUUGAUUCAAAGACAGUAGGCAAGCGAACACUGUACCGGGUACAAUGGAAAGGAUACCCAGCUUCGGAUGACUCCUGGUUACCAAGAACCAAACUUUCACAUGCCAAAGAUGCUUCGGCAGACUUCAUGCAACCAAACAAAGGGUGA